AUGACAAUUGGCAGGCUGCAUGAGGACCCGCUAUCGACGACGCCGGGCAGCACCGCACAGAGGAUGGCCACUUUGCGGGAUCUGCAGUAUGCCUUACAGGAGAAGAUUGAGGAGCUCCGGCAACGAGACGACCUCAUCGAUGAAUUGGAGUUGGAGCUGGACGAGAAAGAUGCCCUCAUCCAGAGAUUACAGAAUGAACUGGAUAAGUACCGAUCCGUCCUUAGGCCGGUUACAAAACAAGCCAUGCAGAGAACUCGACAAAAAAGGCUUGGAAUAUCGGCAGAGAGCGCUCAGGAAAUACAAGAAACGGGAAUGGGGAACCUUAAGUGUUAUAUGAAACCACAACAGUAA